CUCACGCCUGCAGACUUCUGUGACUUCUCAGCAGCCACCAUGGCGAUCCUUGGGGCCCGAAUGUCCAGCCUGAUCUUCAGGAGGCAGAUGGCAAGUGAAGCUCAUGAAGAAGGAGCCAAAGCUGCUCGUACUUGGAAGAUUCUGUCCUUUACGGUGGCCCUGCCCGGAGUAGCGGUCUGUAUGCUCAACGCUUGGCUGAAGAAACAACACCACCCCCAUGAGCGCCCAAAGUUUGUGGCCUACGAUCACCUGCGUAUUCGCACCAAGCGCUUUCCAUGGGGUGACGGCAACCACAGUUUCUUCCACAACCCACACGCCAACCCUCUCCCCGCAGGAUACGAAGAGCCCAGGCAUUGAAUCCAUCCAAUCACAGAAGAGUUCCUCGGCGCUUUAUGAUGGCAUCUAUCAAACGUCGCUUGUGUAACUACACGACCCCUAGCAUGUGUGUACUUUCCCACCACGUACAAUAGAUAUACAUUACACUGAGUCUGUCGGACAUGGCUGGACACCGAGCAAAAAAUAAAGUAUUGUAUCUACAAGGA